AUGUUGAUUCGUUUAUUCAUAAUCGUGUUAUUUUUUAUUGACCACAAUGAUUCAAAACCAUCUAACAGCAAUGAAACGACUACAAUAUCGAAACCAACAAGUUCAUCCAAUAUGACCAGACUCAAUAAGGGUCAACUGUGGUUGGAUCAUUUAUUUUCAUUAAUGGAUAAAGCAGAAUUUUUAGAGGAUGAGAUUGGUGUUCUGGACUUAACAGUCAAAGCUGGACAAGAAGAAGAAUGUUCUAAGCAACCUAAUAUCAUUUGCAAAUUUUCAAAUAUGAUUGAUUGGUUUGUCAGUUAA